UUCCGGCCCACAUGGGGCGCGCGCACAUGGCCGCGAACAUGUCGCCGGACGAGGAUGUGCAGCGGCUCCUGAUCCAGUUUCGGGAUGAGGCAGGAGAGUCCCUGGGCUCGCCCUUCGACGUCCCGGUCACCAUCACCCCGGACAAGCUGCAGCUGGUCUGUAACGCCCUCCUGCAGAAGGAUGAGCCGGUGCCUCUGGCCUUCUUCGUCCACGAUGCCGAGAUUGUGGCGUCGCUGGAGAAGACCCUGGCGGGGCAGAGCGUGGAGACGGAGAAGGUGCUGGACAUCAUCUACCAGCCGCAGGCGGUGUUCCGGGUGCGGGCGGUGACGCGCUGCACCAGCUCCCUCGAGGGGCACACCGAGGCCGUCAUCUCCGUGGCCUUCAGCCCCACCGGAAAGUACCUGGCGAGUGGCUCUGGAGACACCACUGUCCGCUUCUGGGAUCUCAGCACAGAGACACCGCAGUUCACGGCCAAAGGUCACCGGCACUGGGUGCUCAGCAUCGCCUGGUCACCGGAUGGCAAGAAACUGGCCUCGGGCUGCAAGAACGGCCAGAUAUUUCUCUGGGACCCAGCCACGGGCAGCCAGAUCGGCCGGGUGCUGUCUGGCCAUUCCAAAUGGAUCACAUGUCUGUGCUGGGAACCGCUCCACAUAAACCCAGAGUGUCGCUACCUGGCGAGUGCCUCCAAGGACGGCAGCGUCCGCAUCUGGGACACACUGAUGGGCAGGUGUGACAAAAUCCUCACGAGCCACACGCAGUCGGUGACGUGUGUGAAGUGGGGGGGCGAUGGCUUGAUCUACUCCUCCUCCCAGGACAGGACCAUCAAAGUCUGGAGGAGCCAGGAUGGGGUGCUGUGCCGCAGCCUGCAGGGCCACGCUCACUGGGUGAACACCAUGGCCCUGAGCACCGACUACGUCCUCCGCACCGGGGCCUUCGAACCCGCCGAGGCCACGAUCAACCCACAGGACGUCAGCGGCUCCCUGGCAGAACUGAAGGACAAGGCUCAGCAAAGGUACAACCAAGUCCGGGGCCAGGAACCAGAAAGGCUCGUCUCGGGGUCAGAUGAUUUCACCCUGUUUCUCUGGAGACCAGCAGAAGACAAGAAGCCACUGGAGAGAAUGACAGGCCACCAGGCACUGAUCAACCAAGUCCUCUUCUCGCCAGACACCCGGAUAAUAGCCAGUGCUUCCUUUGACAAGUCCAUAAAGCUCUGGGAUGGUAGGACAGGAAAGUACCUGACAUCGCUGCGGGGGCACGUCUCGGCCGUGUACCAGAUCGCCUGGUCGGCCGACAGCCGCUUGCUGGUGAGCGGCAGCAGCGACAGCACCCUCAAGGUAUGGGAUGCCAAGACAAAGAAACUGGCCAUCGAUCUUCCUGGCCAUGCAGAUGAGGUGUAUGCAACGGAUUGGAGCCCGGACGGACAGAGGGUGGCGAGUGGAGGGAAGGAUAAGUGUUUGAGGAUAUGGCGUCGAUAGGAAGAGAGACACGAAGCUGCUGGUCCUGUCCUCGGCACAACGUGCCUGGAAGAUCUCCAAGGGGAAGGAUGACGGAGGCCGACCCGAGCACGACUCCCUGUUCCUGUUGGCUACUCUCCCUCUUGGACUCUUUCCUUAUAUUUAUUUAAGGAAAUUUUAAUUCUAGUUCUUAUUAAGAGCUGUGCUUUGCAGGAUGAUUUCCUCUGAACAUUACAGGAGGGAUAUCUCAUCUGCCUGCAUCUCAACUGGCUUUUUAUUGGAAUUUCAGCCUCACAGAAGCCCUCUGCCUUGAAAGGGGCAAGUGAAGGGCAGGGAUGGCUCUUGCCCUUUCUUGGCUGUGUGAAGAAUCCUACGGAGAAGAGGGGUUUAGUGGGAACUGAAAGGGUUGUCCCUGUGUGACCUUCAGAGAGAGAGAAAUGGGAAAAUUCAGGACAUCAAUUACAUUGCAGAAUUGUGCUCAGCUGCGUGUCUGGGACAAAGAUCUGCUGUGAAU